AUGAAGUACAUCUUUUCGCAAGAGCAGCUGGUCAUCCCAGAGGAUGUCAAAAUCCACAUCCGCUCGCGCAUCGUGACCGUCGAGGGUCCCCGAGGCAAACUCACCAAGGACCUCUCGCACAUCGCCGUCACCUUCACCGUCACGAAGAACAAGAAGGGCCAGCAAAUCGUCCAGAUCGAAAUCCACCACGGCUCGAGAAAGAACGUCGCUACCCUGCGAACCGUCAAGUCGCUCGUCGAGAACUUGGUCAUCGGCGUGACCAAGGGCUACAAGUACAAGAUGCGAUACGUCUACGCCCAUUUCCCCAUCAACGUCAACAUUGAGAAGAACGACGAGGGCCGAUUCCACUUGGAGAUCAGAAACUUCUUGGGCGAGAAGAUCGUGCGAAACGUCACUAUGCUCGACGGCGUCACCGUCGAGGCCUCCAAAGGUGUCAAGGACCAGAUCGAAAUCACCGGCAACAGCCUGGAAAACGUGUCACAGUCGGCCGCCGACCUCCAGCAAAUCUGCAGAGUGCGAAACAAGGAUAUCCGAAAAUUCUUGGACGGUCUGUACGUGAGCGAGCGGGGCAACAUCCUUGAGGAAUAA